CGAUGAGAGAGAAUUGCUGAAAGAAAAUAAAGCAUUUCGUGAGCUUGAAGAAAUGGCUGCUGCGAAUAUUUUCCGAAGUGCUUUCGGUGGUCUAUUACGGAGAUCAACAACGUAUAGAACGUCCGUAACAUGUCGUCUUUCGACCGUUGCGUUGCAGCAAAAGUUCAGCACAAUUAAAGCCGCUGUCAAAAUAUACAAAAGUCAGGCCCUUCAGAAUGGGAACGAGAAACAUGGUAUCCGCAAGUACAGCGGUGGCCCUCCCCUCACCUUAGACCUUAUAAAAAGUAGAGUACUGCUUGUACUUCAACUUUAUGACAAAAUUAACCCUGAACAGUUGACUGUAGAUAGCCACUUCAUGAAUGAUCUGGGUCUUGACUCACUGGACCAUGUUGAGGUCAUAAUGGCAAUGGAAGAUGAAUUUGGAUUUGAGAUACCGGAUGGUGAUGCAGAGAGACUGGUCAGACCAAAAGACAUUGUCCAAUACAUUGCUGACAAGGAAGAUAUUUAUGAAUAAUAAAAAAAAUAUAAACUUCAUAAUUUUGGACCAGUUGUAUUUUUGAAACGAUAACAAACCAAACACAAAAUUGCAUUUUCUUAAUUUACAACUGGCCUAAAAGUAUUGUUUAGUGAUUAGACAACUUUUGUUUUAAUUUUACACAAACGUUAUCAGUGCACUUCAGACCAUUGUGUAAAAAGUGUAAGUUUUGUUUUUAAUUAUAUGCCUGUUAGAAUAGAUCAUUUGUAUUUCAUUUGAUCUGGUGGUACAUUAUCUGAUAAUAAAAUAGUAAAUAGAUCA